CAUUCAACUAAUAAUCGUUAUUAGAAACGCGAUACUUCAAUACUACGAAUAAUAAUUCAAAAUGGCUGUGAAAGUUGCAUUGUGUUUUGUUGUACUGGUUGCCCUAACAUCAGCCUUACCAGCUCAACCUGGCAAUGGCUGGGCAUGGGGCGGUGGUGGCGUCAACCCAUGGAUACCGCCAUGGGUGUCCGCCGCGCCUUGGUACCCGCAAUGGUCGCCUUGUACUACAAUCGGAAGCACUUGCCUCGACUGCAACACUAAGAUGGUGUGCACUAAGAUCGGCGGAAUACAACGCGCUUGCAGUGACCCAACUCUACCGUACUGCAACUUGGGUGAAUGUUCCGCCACUCCUUCGGAAGAAUGUGCUCCUUCUGAAGCACAAUCGACGGGCGCGGAGCAAUCUGUGUGAAAUAUCCAGUACUUGCUCAUUUUUGAACAACUUUUGUCAUAAUGUUC